AUGAGCUCCUUGCAAUGGCUGCUCUGUUUAGCACUCCUCGCACAGUGUGCUAGGGCAAAAAGCUAUGGAAUAAGAGGAACAAUUGAAUUGGUGAACCACUCUGGCAAGGAAAUUGUGGAAUUUGCUGCGGAAGAACAGUUCAAAGACACAAAGUCACCUGACGACAAUACUGAUUCUAAGGAUGAUUUUUCUUACAACGAAGCUGAAACACAACACUUUCUGGCUGAGGCAUUGCGAGACCACAAUGUCUUGGAUACAGAAUUGAAGAGAGGCACUGCUAGCAAAAAUGAGAUAUCGUGUUCGAGUGGAAAUGAAACCAUUGUAAACCAGGAGCCGAGGUCAAACUUGAAUUAUACGCAACAACUCGAGAGGAUAUUGGGAGGAACUGAUGUGGCUGAUGGGGUAAACGUGCUGUUCACUUACAACGUCUUAGUGGAAGGCCUUUCUAUCUUUGGCACGAUAAAUAAGUACUGCGGAGGUGCUAUUUUAUCGAAAUUCUGGGUGCUCACUGCCGCCCAGUGCGUCGUAGGGGUGGCCCCUGUAAAAGUGUAUGCUGGCUCAGCAAAUAAUCCUAUAGGAGGAGUCGACGCAAUAAUUGCAACCCCUUACAUUCACCCUGAUUAUAUUUUAAAUACUUUGAAAAAUGAUAUUGCUCUACUUAGGCUGAUUAAACCCCUAGCACUUGGAGCGAAGAUUAGUACAAUCUCACUUGCGUCUAUUAGUGUCAAUACCCUAAGUGGAGUUGAAUUAAGGACCUAUGGAUGGGGACCUGAAGAUGACUCCACAGUAUUACCAGAUCCACUUAUCUUGCAUUAUGUCGACUUGAAAAAUGUACUUAAAACCACGUGCCAAACACUAACACAAGAAACUUACGUGACGUACCCGGGAAACACUGGGUGCUUGAGCACCUCCUUUGCAACGCAUGGAAUCUGCCAUGCUGAUGCUGGUGGACCUGUCACUUACAUCGAUGAAAUAGCUGAAACAGAAAAAGUUAUUGGUAUUGAUUCUUACCACUUUGACUGUCCCAGUCUCUAUCCAAGCGCCUUCACUCUUGUGCUGCCCUACUUGAAUUGGAUCAAGCUAACGACGAAGCUGACAUUCACAUAAUUUAGAUAUCAUAUUUGAGGUUUGCAAACUGAUUGUAAUUAAAACAAACCAAUAAUUAAUUAAAAUACAAUAAUUUUUUUCAUCAUUUUUGUUCAAAUAAAUAUCGAAAACAACAUGA